CGUAGUGAUGUCACGUACGUAUGCGCAGACGGAACAGAAUGCCACGCGGUUACAGUUCCUAACCUCGUUGUCAUGCCGAUUUAACCAACGGUAAUUUGUUGGUUACUUAAUUAAGAUAAAAUUGUAAGAGCGGUGCUCUUUACAUUGUUUUAUAUGUUUACCCUCUAGUAGUCUAAUAUAAUUUCUCUGAUAAUACGCUGCAUAAAUUAUUUUGCUAAGGGCAUUAAUUAAACGAAACACUUAAGAGAUAUUAAAAUGGGUCAAACAGGAGAUCAGGAUAGUGAUAACGUUACUUCCAAUCUUCAGAACGAACAUAAGAGUGAUAUUCAAAAUGAGGAAAGCAAGAAGAAGUACAAAUGUGAUUAUCCCGAUUGCCAAGCUAUGUUCGUACGACCUUCCAAAUUGGAGAGGCACAUAAGAUCGCAUACCGGAGAGAGGCCUUACAAGUGCAAACAUCCAGGAUGUACAAAAUCAUAUACAAAUUCGUCUCAUUUAAAGAGGCACAUGGAAACACAUAAUCCUGUGAAAAAACUAUACGAAUGUACAAUAUGUUCAAUGGCACUUAGCUCUCCUUAUAAUUUGAAACAUCAUUACAAGAGAGCACACACUGAGGUGUCCUGUAAGGAAUGUGGUAUAACUUUUGCUAAGAAAAAUCAGCUUAAUAAACAUGUAGCUGUUGGUCAUUCGACAAAAUCAACAUCCUAUAAAUGUAAUAAAUGCAACAAAAGUUAUUUGAAUCUCAAUAGACUUAAGAGACACCUGGAGAUACAUCAAAGGACUUAUCUUUGUCCAGCGUCUGGAUGCACGGAGGAGUUUGAAAAAUGGUCACUUCUGCUUGAACAUAGAGCAAAACAUAACUAUACAUGUGACACUUGCGGCAAGGUUUUUCUCGGUAAAUACAAACUGAAGUUGCAUCGUAAAAUACAUUCUAAGGACAGAUUGGUUCUACUAUGUCCAUACGACAAUUGUGAUAGAACUUACCUUUUUAAAAACAAUUUGGAUCACCAUGUAAGAGUUAAUCAUCUUGGAAAAAAAUUUUAUUGCGAUAUAUGCUCUAAGGGACUUGUGUCAAAAAAAAUAUUGAGAUUACAUAUUCAGUAUCAUUACAAACCCAAAGAGAAAGAGAGAAAAAAGCAGCAAAAGAAGAGAAAGGAUGCUGGUAUGCCAAAGAAAAGUAUAAUAAGUGCUUUAAUUGGAGUAGACUUUCCACCUCAAUUAGAAAAGAUGAUAAUGGAACGAGAAACAAAGAUAAAUGAUACAAUGACAACAACGCUGAUAGAAUCUUCGUAAAUAGUCUAACAAUACAGAGAUAUUAAAUCUGCAGACUUACCUUGUAUAUGUAUUAUGAUUAAAUUGAUGACGUUUUGUUUUAUCUGUGGAUAUAAAUACAAAAUAAAAUUUAACACUACUUAAAGAUAGAUAAUAAGUAACAUAAGAAAAAUUAUGUAUCUGUUAAUAAAACUAGUUUUUGGUAGGAUCAAUUGAUAUUAAAUAUAUACUUUAUAAGUUUUACUGUAUAUACAGGAUAAUUCUGCAAUAAAAAAUUUUGUUACUGUCUUCUAACAAA